AGGCAAUGUGAGUCCAAUCAUUCGGGCCCAUUAAAAUAAUAUCGUUGACUGGUUGGUGGUGUCAGUCUUCAGUCUUUACCAUUUCACAAGAAGGGUUCCUCCUCUCUUUUGGUUCCUUGCAGAAGAUAAUCACAGAAGAUUUCAGAGAUUAAUUUCCACCGGAGGAGCUUAAUACAUUGCUGCUUCCACUCCAGUGCAUGAACACAAGCUUGGACCAUGUAUGCAGGGUUUUUUGAGGCCAUAAUAUAUUUUUUUUAAAAACCAAACAAGAGUUGGCUAGGAAGAACAUUGCAGAAUUAUGGAUGUGGAUGAAGCGUUGGCAUCUUCCAUUGAAGCAAAGCUUCAUCCUAAGCCUCCAUUCUCCUCUCGAGCUUGUAUCUUCAGAGUUCCCCACAUAUUCUCUCGACAAAGAGACGGUGCUUUUGCACCUAAUAUAGUAUCAAUUGGCCCCUUUCACCAUGGUCAUGAAAAUCUUAAGAACAUGGAAAAAUACAAGCUAUGGUAUUUGCAUGGCCUCCUCUCUCGUACCCCAACUCCACAGACAAGUUUAAAGAUAUUCACUAAAGCCAUUCGGCAGUUGGAGGAACGUGCACGUGAGUGUUAUGCAGAACAAUUGAUCAACCUUGACACAGAUGAAUUCGUGGAGAUGAUGUUAGUUGAUGGUUGUUUCAUCAUAGAACUUUUCCGCAAGAAGGCAAAUAGCAUAGGAGGAGGACAAAGAGAUGAUCCCAUAUCAAGUACACCUUGGAUGGACACUUACUUGCGAGUUGAUUUGAUGUUGCUUGAGAACCAAAUCCCAUGGUUUGUUCUUGAAUAUCUAUUCAACCUUACUGUGUCUCCACUACAAAGUAGCCCUUCCCUAGCUGAGCUUGCACUUGGUUUCUUUAAUACUUUGAUGCCAAUGACAGUUCCUGCCAAAGCAAGCUCUAGGCUUGAAACGAAGCAUUUACUUGACCUUCUGCGGAACAGCAUAAUUUCAGUUACUACAGAUAUUGAGGUGAGUCAGGUGACACUGGAGAAUGGGCAUAGGGAACUGAUUCCUAAAGUGACAGACCUUGUAGAGGCUGGAGUCAAAUUCAGGAAGGGCAACCCUAAAGAAAUACUGAAUAUAAGAUUUGAAGAUGGGGUGAUGGAAAUACCACCAUUGUUAAUUCGAGGAAGCACAGAAUGUCUAUUUAGGAGUCUCAUUGCUUAUGAACAGUGUUCUUCGCUAAUGCCUAGCCAGAUCACAUCUUAUGUUAUGCUUUUGAACGUCUCAUUAACUCAUCAAAAGAUGUGCAAUUACUAAGGGACCAAGGUAUAUUAGAGAAGUGUUUGGGAACUGCAGAAGAUGGGUCUCUUUUCUUUAGCAGGGUUUUGAAAGGUGUUAUUCUCCGCAAGUUUUAUUAUGGGGGAAUUUGCCAGAAAGUGAAUGCUUAUUAUAGAACUAGCUAUAGUGGCUACUGUUUUUGGUAAAUGAAGAGUGACCACUUUAACAACCCAAGUGGACAAUAUAUAAUUUGCUUCAUUGGGGCUAUUGUACUGUUUGCUUAUAUUUGAUUUAAUCAGUUCGUCAAA